AUGGCGCCCUCAUCGCUCGCUGCGCAGUUGGCGCAGAUUGCCGUCAACUCCAAGAGCACGCUCAACGUGAAGGCGCAAAAGGCCGCGCACGCAAAAUCCCUGAUUUUCGAGCCCAAAGUUGCCGCCGGCCAGAGUUUCCAGACCGUCUACGAUAUCUGCCAUGAAGGGUUCGAAGAGCUGUGCCGCCUCGAUGCUCGGUUCUUGCCGUACGAGCAGACGCUGUUCAGCGAGCAAAGCCAGGACGAAGACCGCACGCAGAUGACUGCCGCCGAGAAUGCCGAGCUGGACAAGGCCAUAGAGGCGUUCUUGCGCCUGGUCGGGGGAAAGCUGAGGCUCAUGCCGGCUGUUAAAGCUGUAGAGUGGCUUAUAAGGAGAUUCAGGAUACACGAAUAUAGCACAUCCUCCCUCAUAACGACGUUCCUGCCGUACCACUCUGCGCCGCUCUUCGUCACGCUCAUGUCUAUCCUCCCCGCAAAGCUGCCCAACCAGUAUAGGUUCCUCGACCCAUACGUGCGAUCCUUGACAGCGCCUCCCAGGGCUAUUCUAGUCCAACAAGCAGUCCAUCACUUUGAGCUCUUGUCGGCCAUGUCAACUUGGACAUUAGAGUCAUGCCGAGCGCAACAGCAAUAUCCGGGCUUAGUCUCAUUCUGGGGCGGAUUAAUGACCGAGGCUAUCAACGGCAUGUUGGAUCACAUGAAAUCAGGCAGGAGAGCGGUUCAAAGAGAUCAUGACCAAGACCUUCUCCAGAAGCUUCUGCCUAUCCUGAGCGAGACCUUGAUGAUGAAGAAGGUCCCUGGCCUUCAGAUAGCAAGCUAUAUGGUCAUAUCUGUCUAUGCUUCGAAGGGUGGCUUGGAGGAUGCGAUACUCCUGGAGUUCAUGCAUCAACUGGUCCUGGGCUGGUCAGGUGAGACAGUCCGGCCUGGGUUGGUCUGUCUGUCUAUUCUGGCCCAGUGCAGGUCUGCCAAGCAGCUCUCAUGGAGAGUAGCCAAAUCCCUCGUCAAAGUCCAAGACUUGGACGUGCUGCUGCAAGAACUGCAGAAGGAGCACCGGGUUGACAAACUGGCCAACGGUCUUGCCAUUGCUCUGAUUGAGAGGCUCACCAAGAAGGGUGAAAUUCGUGGCCUCUCGUUGAUCAAGACAAUCUUGUUGGCGCAAAUGCUCAGCGAAAAGCAUUCAUCGGUUAUCAUCCGAUCCUUGCUCGUGGCCGGACACAAGAUUUCUGACGAAAUCGACGACGACGGAGAAGCCCGGAAACAGCUAGGGCAGAUAAUUGUGGCGCUCUCGCAGGCUCCUGAUGAAGCUGGAGAACUAUUUCGAAGAGUCAUCGAGGAGGCUGAGUUCGACAUUGACGAGCUAGAGCUGAAACUCAAGGCGUCUAUUCGCCCGAAGAAAGCGGUCAAAUCCAACGGAGAAGGAACCAAAGCAUCGACCGACGGCGCGGAAGCUGCCCUGGCCGAAGAACUGGAUCUGGACGCUGGCCUCGGCCGACUGUCGAAGCAUAAGAAGCCUCCAGCUCGCACCUGUUUGUCAAGCGAUUCAGAUCCCAUCUUCGAAGAGCUCUGUCAGAUUUUCAUAUCCGCCGCUUCUGACAGAUCGGCUCUGUUGAAGCUAGACGAAGCUCCGAUACUCGAUAGCGAAUCCGCGCCGUCUGAUUGCUUCUAUUUUUCUUUCUACAUGCGCAUCUGGCUGGGCCCGUACCCAAUUCUGGCUCGAGCACGGGCGCUUGAGAUGGCCAAGAAUCGACUGCAGCAGCCAGACUGCUCGAAAGCCGACUUCCAAGCACUCCAACCGUACUGCAUUGCUGCUUUGGGUGACCCAGCCAAGAAGGUCCGUCGUGCUGCCGCUGAGUUGCUUGCCGUGCUGCAAACAAACAACAACGACACGGGGUCACGCAAGAAGAGCGAAACGCCAUGGGGCUCCCAAGCAUUAUACAAGACAGGGCAAGACCCCAAGUGGAUGACGCCUGAGGCCAGUCGGACCCUGCUCGAAGAUGUCCUCAUUCCCGCCUUGGAGGAGUCCAUCAUGCAUGAAGAUCACAUCACCGCCACCCUCAAAGAAGCUCUCGAAAGCUCAAGCAAGUCCUCGACGGACAAAGAGACUUCCAAAAAAGGACAUAUCUCUUCAAGUGUCCGCGCUGCCAUAUUCGCCUUUCUAGCGUCGCACGUUGUGGAGUCUCCCUUGUUGAACUUCAACUUCAGACUGCUCAAGGCGUUGAACCAAGUGCAAAAAGUGGGAAGCACCUCCAGAACACAGCUACUUCUGCCCUCAUUGCAGUGGUGGUCCAAACUCGGACACGAAGAAGCUCUCGGCCUGCUCAGUAAGGAAGGGUUGGAUGGAGCGAAGGUCACUGCUAGCUUCGUGGACGUCGUCGUGCCUAACGACUCUGCUGGACUCGAAUGUCUCUUCAGCACUGUAGAAGGCAGUCGAGCAGAGGAGCGCCCACAUCUCGUGCGUUGCGUCUUCUCCAGAAUACGGAAGAUGUGGCCAUCGAUGAAGGACAGGACCAAAAAGGAUGUCGCACACAAGGUCCUGAAUCUCUCACAGAAGGAGGGCAUGGUCUCAGAAGAAGCACUGGAGCUACUGAGAAGCGUACCCUUGACAACGGAGAUCCUACUUGACUUCCUCGGGACUCUACAGGACGUCACGCAGCUUGCAGUAGAACCACCUACCAGCAAGCGUAGACGGACUAGUUCAUCAGAACACCAUCGAUCGGCUGAUACGCACCACUCGCCAGAGCUUGCUGCUGUGUUGAGUAAAGUCACUGUCGUUCUGAGCCUGGUCGAGUCAUCAACUCCGGCCGAGCAUCCGGAGCUGCUUCAAAGCCUGUUCAUGGUGUUGUCAGAGCUUCAAACGUUCAGAACCCUUAUAGGAUCUGAACUGGGCUAUCUUCAGAACUUGGUCUUGAGUAGCUUAUUGGCCAUGAUGCCCACCUACCGCGAUGACAAGAAUCUCAAGAUCGACACCUCGGUUGGCCACGGAGACGUGCUGGUGUCAUGCAUUCAGAAGUCUUCGAGCCCCGCUGUGCAGAACUCUGCGCUUCUUCUGGUUGCAAGCCUGGCCAAGACUGCACCUGAUGUUGUUCUGCACAGCGUCAUGCCCAUAUUCACCUUCAUGGGAAGCUCUGUGCUCCGGCAGAGUGACGACUAUUCUGCGCAUGUUAUCAACCAGACCAUUCGAGAGGUGAUACCACCAUUGAUUGAUACAUUUCGCAAGGGAAGAAGACAUAUCGUUGCCAGUGCAUCAGAGCUUUUGGCAAGCUUUGUCAUUGCUUAUGAGCACAUACCCUCCCACAGAAGACAAGGUCUCUUCAUUUCGCUCGUCGAAAAUCUCGGGCCUCAGGACUUUCUUUUUGCGCUGGUGGCCAUGUUCGUCGACAAAUAUGGAACAUCUGAUAACAUCCAGACUUUCACCGCCGAUCUCAUGAACCACUUCAGUGUGGAGAUCCAGCUGCAGACCCUUAUUAGUUUCCUCGAUCUCGUGGCAGAUAUGUUCAAGCCGAAGCCGAAUCUGUCCGCUGUCAUGUUUGGGAAGAAGGAGGGAGAUGAAGAGAUCAACAAGACAGCGUUGAAGCAACUGACUCUGCUACCUCACCUUCUGGCAAGUCGAUCGCUCAAGCGCGAGGUCGGAAAGCUCGCCGAACGGGACGACAUGGAAACAGCUAAGAUUCGCGAGCUCUACGCACAACUUCUUGAGGACGUUUUGACGGUGGCUGACACCGUCAAGACAAGAAAGGCUCUGCAUGUCCGUUGUGGAGACGCACUGUCCAACCUCUUGAACCUUCUCUCCGUGGGUGAGUUCAUCAAGUCGGUUGAGACCCUACUUGAUCGGCCGAAUGUUGGCCUCCGCCAGAAGGUCUUGCGUGCACUCGAGACACGCGUCGACAAGGAGAAACAGGGCGAUGCGCAGUCGAGAACGGCCCUUUUGGCCUUUUUGCCUCAGUUGACCGCUGUCAUCCGCGACUCAGACGACAUUCAUUACAAGCAUACUGCGGUUACCUGCGUGGACAAGAUCUCAGAGAAAUACGGCAAGAAGGAUCUGGAGGCUGUUGCAGCGGCAGCGUCGACUAUUGCAGGCAAGCAAUGUCUUGGCCAGGACGACAGGCGUCUCCGUAUAAUGGCUCUCCUUUGCCUUGCCUCGCUUGUCGAUGUGCUACAGGAUGGGGUUGUCCCGAUUCUGCCCACCGCCAUCCCCAAGACGUUGGAGUAUCUGUCUGCCUCAAUUGACGGCGUGGACUCUGACACUGAGCUUCACGAUGCUUGCUAUGCUCUCAUGACAGCACUGGCUCAGCAUUUGCCGUACAUGCUCUCCGGGCCUUACCUUGACCAACUAUUGAAUGUUUCGAACAAGUCUGCCGAGUCUCCCCUGGAUGACGACGUACAUGACAACAGGAAACAAUGUCUGCACUUCCUCGCGAAGCAGCUAGACUCGAAGGUGCUGUUCAACGCGUUGCAGAAGAACUGGGCGUCCGCAAUGGAUGCCGGCUAUUUGGCCAUGAAUGAGUUCGUUGAAAUCCUCGGAUUGAGCAUUGACAAGCAUUCCAAGGCGGAAGUCGCCAAGAACGUGACAUCCCUAUCUGCCAUCUUCCUGGCCGCCUUUGAUCUUCGCCGCCUCGAAAAUGCAAAGUCGCGAACGAACGCGAACAAGCUGAGCGGCCUAGAGGAAUCCAUUAAUGAGGUGGCCUUGAAGAUGAUUUACAAGCUCAACGACGCAGCUUUCAGACCAAUCUUCACCCAGCUUAUUGAGUGGUCCAGCUCUGGGCUUCCCAAGUCGGACGUGCUUGGCAUCACGCUUCGGCAGCAAAGCAUUUACGGCUUCCUCUAUAAGUUCUUCGACAGUCUCAAGUCGAUCGUCACAAGCUAUAGCUCUUACGUUGUCGACCAGGCAGCCAAGAUCCUGCAAGAGAUCGACAUCAAGGACGCCGACCAGCACGAGCUCUGGAGACGUGUCCUCAGGACUCUCACGAAAUCCUUCGAGCACGAUCAGGACGACUUCUGGCAGGCGCCCUCGCACUUCAGCGCCAUCGGGCCCGUCCUGGUGCAGCAGUUCCGGCACGCUCCGCACGUAGACCUCGGGGAGGAUCUCUCCCCAGCCGUGGUGGAGCUCGCGAGCGCGGCCGACUCCCAAGAACAUCAAAAGGAGCUCAACACAGCGCUGCUCAAGCAUGCGCAAUCCCAGACUGCGGCUGUUCGGUUGGCGGCUGUCAAGUGUGAGCAGGCCCUGGUGGACAGGGUCGGAGAGGAGUGGCUGUCCAUGUUGCCCGAGAUGCUGCCGUACAUCAGUGAGCUGCAGGAUGACGAAGACGAGGUGGUCGAUAGAGAGACGCACAAGUGGAUCGUCAAGAUCGAAGGAGUACUAGGCGAGAGUUUGGAUUCGAUGUUGCAGUAG